UUAUAGUCGACACACCUUCAUUAGACUAUAAGGAUUUUAUUAUUUGAAUGAAUCAAUCUUAAAUUUUAAUUAACAAUAGUCCCUUUUAAUAUGUUUAAAAUAACUCAUAAUCCUAUCAAUUUCUAUUAAAAAAUUCACAGGCCAUAUCAAUGUACAUGUGUGUUGAGUCUGGUCCUUUAAUUAAGAGAGAAACAAAAAAAUCACUAAGGCCCAAGCGGCCACGACCGAGACCCACUAGAAUACUUGCUUUUGAAGUUGGUAUUGACUUUAUCUGUUGCAACUGCAAGCUGCGAAAGAGCAUUCUCGGCUAUGAAGAUAAUCAAGAACAAUCUUUGAAAUCGGUUGAGUGCCCAAUCUAUGAAUGAUUAUUUCAUUUUGUAUAUUCAAAAAAGAUUUGCUUUGCAGCAUAAGUGAUGAAUGUAUUUUAGCAAGGUUGUCAAACCGGUUUAAGUCAUUGAGUCGGUCAAGCAAGGGGUUUGGGGUUUAAUGGUCUAAUCGAGGGUCCUGCCGGUUUGUGCCAUUUUAAUAGUUUUCUAAAUAUAUAUACAAAUAAAGUAGUAAUUAAAAAUUUAAUUACUGAAAUGAAAUUUAUCUUAAAUGUAUCUAUUAAAAACUCAUUUUCCACAAAAUAAAUCUAACUAACCUUCAGUAUCCACCUACCAUCUCCGUUCCUCUUCCUCUCUCCCCCCCUUUCUUGUUUUGGAUGCCGUUUUAAAGCCCGACUUAGGUCGGACCGGGUCCAACCGGGAGUCCAACAAGGGGGUUUAACAAUCUUGUAUUUUGGAGACAUUUCAGUAUAUGAAAAGUCGUCGUGAUUCGUUGUAAACUUGACAUUGUGAAAUUUAUUAAAUUUUCAUUUAAUUAUUAUCGUAUUUUAUCAGCGACACAAUUCUACGACAAUUCUGAGUCCGCGCCAUUGAUGGCAACAUACGGUAUAAGGUGUAAUUUACUUUCUCUGUUUCUCAUCGUCGUUUGCUGCUGCUGUUUGUAUCUAUCUCUCUUGUUUUCUGCUUCAGUUUAAUUUCCUCCUUCGGUAGCGUCUGUCUUUCUAACCCAACAAUAUACUCUUGGAAUAAUGCUUUCUUGUAAUAUAAUAACCAUUUUUCAUCAGUCAUCUGGUUCUCUUAUUCGGAGUUUCUGAUAUAAAUAAAAUACAAACAAAGUCAUGUACCAGCUUGCUGAACAAAAAAAGACAGAAAAUACCGACUUAGAGAAAGGGAAACUUAAUUGUUUGCACCAAAAAAGCCUUCUUCUUCUUCACUGCCUAGUUUUCUUCCUCGACAAAUUAUUUAAUUUUUUUUUGGAAUUCAGUCAUUUACGAACUUGGUUUGAUAUCCAAAACAGACGGCUUAUGAAAGGUGAGUACAGUCUUGACUUAUAUGUACAAAAUAAUGUAAAAUGACAAAAACUAACGGUUGGUUGUCGAAUUUGGGUUUCGAAAUUUACUUACCAAAUCAGUGGGAUACACGAAUUUGGUUUACAUUUAAAGGUGAUCAUCAAUUUUUUUUAAUGUAGAAUAGGAUAUGACGUGUGUACUAUUUCUCGUUUGUCUCGUUUUACUGUUGGAUCGUUUGAUCAUAAUCUGUAUCGAUAUACACUUGUAUUUCUACGCUUUUAAUUUUUUUUAAAUUAUUUUUUCAUCAAAACAAAAAUUUACGACUUUAUAUUUCAACUUUUUAGACUUAAUUAUUCAUUUUAUUAUAUCGAUCUCACAUUCAUUUAUGAUUGCAUUAUUUCUUUUGCCUUCUUGUAAAAUAGUUAAAUAUCGACUUUCGUUUCUUCAAUAACACCUAAGAGUAUGAGUCGGUAUGCAUUGCAUCGGACCCGCACGAGUAUGAUCUCCCCUCUUUUGACUUUUAUAAAAUCAUAUUUUUCAUUCAAUGGAAUGUUAAGAUUUCGUACUUUAACUAUUUAGAUUUUAGACUCAAUUAUUCGUUUGACUAUAUCUCUGGUUCAUCUAUGGACUAUUGAAAUGUUUUCUCUUUGCCUUAUUGUAAAAGAGUUAUACAUUUACAUUCUCUUUUUUACCCGAUAAAAUAUAAGAGUAUGAGACGACCUAACCCACAUCGUACCCGCACAAAUAUUACCUCACCUGACCCACGUUUAGUACGAGUCAUAUAUGAGUAUUGAUAUACCCACCCUUCUUUUGUUUUGUAAUUUGUGGAGAAGUGCAGUAAGUUCGGUCACAGUCAUGGUCGUACAUUUCUUAAUCGAGAGUUUUGGCAUCGUUGAAAAAGCACUAAUCAUCAAUGGCUAAACAGUAAACACCGUUUCUACCGAUCGAAAAUCGGAAUCUCUCGAGUCACGAUCAUUGACGAACAGAGCAAUUACCAACUGGAUUAGAUCAAAGCCUGCCGGCGAUGCUACCUGAAUCCACCCAUCAAUUCUCACCCCAUUCCUCUUGUUUUACAUACGUUGGACUCAUCCACAGCUCCGCCGGUAGCCAUUGUCGGCGAGCGAAAACAGCACAAUUCCUCCGGCAGUCCAAUCUGUCACCAAUUCCAUAGCAGGGUAUAUAUAGAUAAUACAAAACCAGCUCCAACCCACCUGAAAGGCUGAAAUUACUCCCCUGUUUCACCCGUCAACACAGAGGAAUCUAAUUCUGAUCAAUGGAGAAUCAGGGCAUGUUGGCCGGCGACGGAGAUGAGUUCCCCUGCCCGCAGCCGUGGAACGAGUUGGCCGGUGGGAUCGAACUCAUCCCUUUCCCUCCCUCCAAGCAGCAGGACGGCUUGUCCGACCAGCCAGCCGCCAACGAAGCUCAAUCGGAAACCUCGACGCUCCUCGAGAAUCACGAAACAGAGGAGACGGUGGAAAUUCUACAGCCGCCGGCUUCGCCGGCGGCUCUGUCCGUCGAAGAUCUCAUCAGGAUGGCGUCGCUGAAAUUCAUCCAGUCCCACUCGAAAGACAUGCCGUUCGACGUCGCGGCGGCCAGCGUCCAUUCUCCCCUCUCGGAGGAGCAAUCGGCGAGCGUGGAGCUCGCCGAGCUCCUCCUGGAAGCCGUGGAGAGAGUCGGCGACCGUCGAUUCGACGGCGCCAGGACUCUGCUCCAACAGUGCGACCGCCGGUGUUCCCCGACGGGGAGCCCGAUCCAACGAUUGGUGUUUUACUACUCCCGGAGUCUGCGAAACCGGAUCGACCGGGAAACCGGUCAAACCGGUUUGGGCGAUACAGUGAAAGCGAAAGAGCAGUCGUCCAACCUUUUCAAAGUCAUAAUGACACCAAGUGUCAGGUCGGUCGAGUUUCAGAGGAGGCUCCCUUUCUCCCAGGUGGCACAAUUCGCGGGGAUCCAGACGAUCUUGGAACACGUGGAGGGCGCCAGGAGGAUCCACGUGCUCGACCUGGCGAUCAGGAACGGGCACCAAUGGACGAUCCUGAUGCAGGCACUUGCCACGCGAAGAAGGAUCCGCGUGGAGCACCUGAAGAUCACGGCCGUGGCGACGAUGGGGAAGGAACUCAUCGAACAGACCGGGAGGAGGCUCGUGAUGUUCGCGCAGACCAUGAGCCUGGUUUGCAGCUUCGACGUGGUCAUGGUCCGGGACCUGGCCGAGCUGAGGCAGGACCACCUCCGGUUCGAUUCGGGCGUGACGGUGGUCGUGCUGGCGGACUACGUCGCCAGCACGCUGACCAGCCCCGCGGAGAGGCUGGACGCGCUGAUCAAGACGAUCCGGCGCGUGAAGCCGUGCGUCAUGGUGGUGAUGGAGAUGGAAGGGAGCAGAAACUCGCCCGUGUUCGUGAACCGAUUCGUGGAGUCGCUGUUCUUCGCAGGCGUGCUGUUCGACUGCAUGGGGGACUGUAUGGUGGGAGACGAGGCGACGAGGAAGUACGGGGAGGAGACGUUGUUGGGGGAGGUGAGCAAGAUCGUGAUGAUGGGGGCGGCAGAUGAUGAUGAUGGAGCUGGAGGAGGGGAGGGGAGGGAGUGGAUGAUCAGGAGCCUGAAGGUGGAUGUCUGGAGGGCUUACUUCCGGCGGUUUGGGAUGGUGGAGACGCAGCUGAGCCGGUCGUCGAUGUAUCAGGCCGAGCUUGUGGCCGAGAGGGUGCCGUGUUGGAGCCCGUGCACGGUGUGGAUGGAUGGGAAGAGCUUGAUCGUUGGGUGGAAGGGUACGCCCGUUAAGUCUAUUACUGCUUGGAAGUUCAGUUGAUCGUUAGUUUGACUCUAAUUCCCCCUAUUCCCUAGGUAAAUAUACAAUUGAUUCAAACUCAAUUAAGUCAAAUGAUUGUAAAUUUUUUUGGCUCGAAACUCAACUCGAAUCAUGAGGUUGAGGCCAUAACGAGACAUUUCAUAUUCAUAUGUGAAUCUCCAUGUCAAUCUUCACGAGCUAUUUGAAUCAUUCGAAAGUUGGUGAUCGUGUUCAAAUACUUGAUUGUGGUGGCCGCCGUGUUCCGUUGUUCAUGGUUGCCGAAGGCAAUUUCCUUGAUCAUCUCUCUCAUUUUAAAAUGCAAGAAUGAAGAGGACAUUUUCUUCGAUAGUUGCCUUGCUGAUGGUUGAUCUAGUGCCUUACCCAUCAAGCAACAUCACAAGCUAGCUCUAACUAAGACAUUAUUAUGCGUUGAUCUUAAGCCCUAUUUUCUGUCUUCUCUACUCGACUCAAACGAUCAAACAUCUAGUACUGCGCAGUCAACUUCUUAUCUUACUCAGUGGCCAACCCUAAAAAGAACUUUGUCACUUCCUUGUGGUCUAGUAACUCAGAUUAGGGGUGAACAAACACACCCGCAAACCGACCCACCCGUCCAACCCGACCCAACCCACCCGUAUUUAUCGCUAGAACGAAGGUUUUGGGUUGGGUGAGGGUUUUCUUUUGUACAACCCGCCUCUUUUGGGUUGGGUUUGGAUUUUGGAUUACACAACCCGUAGAACCCGACCCAACCCGUGUUCCAACUAUUAGUAUGAGUUCGUAUCUAAAAAAUAUUUAUGUCGUAUAUAGCAAAACAAUUGAGAAAAUUAAGAUAUUUCGCCAUGUUUUUCUAUCAUGGUCUCCCUAAUCUAAUGCAUUCUUCGACUUAAAGUUUAGACAUAAAUUGAAUAAAGUUAUGAUUCACGUAAUCAUUUUUCUUGUGUACAAUUUUAAUAGAAUAACAUAUUAUGGAUGCGUUUGUUUAUAACCUUUUUAGUCUAUUUCAACAAAUAUUGUGAAAAAACUAGACAUAUGUUGAAGUAAAUCUCAUUUUAUUAAAAUUCAAACAACAUUUGUGAAUUUUGAUACCUUUCACCUCGGUUUAUUCUUUUGAAAUUUUAAUUAGUUAUAAAAUAUUUUUAUGAUGUAUAAUAAUUAUAUAUUUUAUGUUGGGUUGGUUUUUACUUAAAAUAUUGCCAACCCGACCCAACCCAAUUUGAAACAAACCGUAGAGUUUAAAAUUUUUUGGGCCUUAUUAGGUUACACGUUUCAGAAGGAAAAAAAAAACGAAAUUUCCUCCAACCUUUUAUUUACUUUUUUAUACCCAAAAUGACUAAAACAAAAUAAAAACAAAGGAGAAAAUUAAAAAAAAAAAUUAGGAAGAAGAAAAAUCAAUAGAGAAGAAGAGAAAGAAAGAGAGACUAUUUUGCCGAAAAUACAUAUUUCGCCCCCUCUGAUUUCUCGUCUGUUCUUUUCGAUGCUCCGCAGAUUGGUCUCAUCAACCGCUGAUUGAUUCUUCACAGCUCGAACAAAUUAGCUUAAGAACCCCGGUACGCCAAUCGAUCUUCUGCUUCAACUUCAUUGCCUGAAUGGUUUGGGUUUGAUAAUUCCCAAACCGUAGUGUAUGGAUUGGUUGAUUAAAAUGGUUAAACCCGAACCACCCGACCCAUGUACACCCCUACCUCAGAUUAGGGGUGUUCAAAUGGUUAUCGUGGUAAUUACCAAACCAGUUAAACCUAAAUUUCAUUAACCAUUCAAUAAAAUGUCUUCACCAAACCAUCCAAAUUAACACGAAAACCAAAUUAACCAAACCAAAAUUUUAUUGGUUUGGUUAAUCGGAUUAACCAUAUAACAUAACAUUACGUGAAAAUAAUUAUUCUGUUAAUGAAUAAACCAAAUAACA